AUGCCCACCUUGCUCGCGGACCGGGCAGCAAUGUGGCCCGAGGAUCCAGUUGAAGUGGCAUCUCUUUUCUCAGCUUCCUCCAUGCCGACGAGUGUCUCCGUCCCCACGGCCUCAAUAUGUCGAACAACAAGUUGGGUGCUGUCCACUACGAGCCCGGCUGUGGACAAGGAAAGCGUCUGCAACCAGGACGUGGUUUCCAUGCACGGAGAGGUCGGGAGUCCAUCAUUGGAGGCGUCCGAGGUGCAGCGCCGCAUCCUCGAUCCCUCUUUGUGCCGUGAGGAGCUGCAGGAGACCCGCGUGUGA